ACCCUCGUCUUCAAUUUUAUGCAACAACGAACUCCUUAUGGAAUGAAUAUAGGUUGAGGAAGGAAUGAAGAAUGAAUGAAGAAGACAACCAAAAUGUGACAGUUUAGAUAAAAGAAUGAUGCACUUUUAGGGGAAAUAGAAUUUGUAGUUUCUCUCCACUUACAUUCUCAGUUUGUUUAAUUUUUGGAAUGUAGGAUAAGUUCAUAUGCAAGAAUAACUAUAUCAUCGGAGUCAGUUGCAAAACAAUAGGGUCAUGUUCUUGAGAGUUGUUAGCCUUUCGUGCGUGAUAAAAUGUUGGCCCUAUCAACGGGCUAGUGGCUCAGCGAUAUCAAGUUCUUAAUUUUUAAAAGAAGUUUAGGGGUUCAAGCCUCAGAGAGGCAUAUAUAGGUCUAUGAGUACCAACUAAGAAAAUAAAUAAAUAAAUAAAUAAAAUAAAAUGUUGGUCCUAUCAUACUGACUUGUUUGGGUGAAAUAUGAUUUACCAGAAACACUCAUUAAAUUGUUGAUGGAUGGUAUAAAGAACUUCAUAUAUGCGGACACUUCUAAAUUGCAGAUCUAAAUAAACAAAUGCGGCGUGUUAGGUUCAUCAUUGUAGACCAGGUAAACAUUUGUAGAAUUUGGAUCAGAAAAUAAUUUUACGUUUAAUAAUUUUGAAGCAAUUAAUUGGAGAAUUCAUUCAGUAAGUGAUAAGACAGUAUUAAGUAGCCAAGAGCUCCCCAUGCUAUUAUUUACUCAAAAUUAGCUAACCAAAAGCUGUUUAGUAAUAAAUCUUUCUGCGAUUUUACUGCUAAUAUGGUGAAACAACAUCGAUGAAUAGGGCAGAAAGCAAGGCCAGCGAUUUCAAGCAAAGCAUGUUAUUAUUUAAUCUUAGCUUCACCAAAUUAAACAUGUUUUAAAGCUUGGCUUAAACUUUUCAGUCACGUCACGCCUAUGAUUAAGUGAUUGAGCCAAGCUCGAUUUUUCCUUAACAAGUUUUGAGUUUUAUUUACCCAGAGUAAAGCUUGAAUUGAGUUCUACAAACACACUUACUUUGGGUCUUUGAUCAUGUUAAUUUACAAAAAGAUCAAAAAGAAAGCUUAGUGGAAAGAUAUUAAGGGUUCGUAGUUUUCUCCUUAAAUUAGUGAGAGAUUAACUUCUUGUGAUGACACGUUACAAAAUUUGAAAUUAUUUCUGAAUUUGAGUACUUAUGUUAUGUUUAAUGGGUGAUUUGAAUUAAAGAUUAGAGAAAAUUUAGUUUAAGAAAUUCAUUAAUCAUUGCACAAAAUAGAAGUAUAAUAGACAAAUCAUAUAAAGAAGGCCAUAAUAGAAAUAUGAUGUAAUGCCCUUUUUCGCCGAGUAUAGGAGCUAAUAACCUAAUUAAAACAAAAUAAAAGAAAUGAUAUGCAUUCCGAAACUUUUAAUUCGAAUGGAAAUGGAGGAGACGAAGGUGCUCAUCCAUUGGAUGGAUGCAUUGUGGGGAACUUUUGGAAUUAAAAUAAUAUUCCUUGGAAUUAAAAUAAUAUUCCUACAAAAAAAAUAAAAAUAAAAAUAAAAAUAAAAAAAGGCUUUAGGCUGCAAAGUGAACAUGAUUUUUUAGUGUCCCUUUGAUGUUGAAACACUUCAAAUAUACCAGUAUUUUUUUACUUGCUUAAAAUAUUGAUUUAUUAUGAUUAUUAUUUAUUUGUCAAUAAAGAACAAGUUUGGUUGUUCCCAAAGUUCUAAAUCUAAAUUGAGUCAUGCAGUAAUAAUAAUAGUAAAUAAUAAUAUUUACUAAUUUACUAUUUGCUACAGUAUUAUUAUUAUUAUUAUUAUUUAUUAUCCAAUUAUCCAACUUUUUUCCCAAUGAUCAAAAUCCCAUUCGUCUAACCAUGUAUACUUAAAACAGAUAUAUAGGAUUCCCUCCUAAGGUUAACUAAAAUCCCUCAUGAACUAGGAUGUAAAGUCAUAAAGUUAACCAAAACCCACAAGGACUAGGAAUCUAGGAUGUAAAUAAAUAUACGACUAUAAUAUAUGUACCUAUAUAAUAGGGUACCGGCAUAAGGUUAUAACCAAAAAAACAAAACCCGACUAUCAAUUUACAGCUUAUCUCUACAGCAUUAGAAGCCGUCUAGUGAGAUCGAUCAUCAUCUUUCUUCAUCUCCAUGGAGCAAACCAAUGAAUCCUCCUUUAAACAAGCUUAUCGCUGCUUUCCGCUCUCUGAUAUCAAUAAGUCCCAUCUCGAAGCCGGAAAUAGAAUCAUAAUGCCUCCUUCCGCUCUUGACCGUCUGGCGUUCAUGGAAGUCGAGUACCCUUUGCUUUUUGAAAUCGAAAACCCUGCUUCUGGACAAGUUUCGCAUUGUGGGGUUCUAGAGUUCAGCGCUGAUGAAGGUUUCGUCUUCUUGCCCAACUGGAUGAUGAAGACCAUUAAACUCAUAGAGGGUGAGUUGGUGAUUGUAAAGAAAACCAGCCUCCCCAAAGGUACCUACAUGAAGAUACAACCACAUACCAUGAAAUUCACAAGUCUAACAAACCCUAAAGCUGUCCUUGAAAAAGCUUUUAAGCACUUUGCUUGUUUGACCAUUGGAGAUACAAUCCUGAUCACUCAUAACCACGAGGACCAUUACCUUGAUAUAGUGGAAACCAAGCCAUCCAAUGCAAUAUCUGUAGUUGAGACAGAUUGCGAAGUGGAAUUUGCACAACCUUUGGACUACAAGGAACCUGAAAAGAAACCAAAAACAGUGAUUACUUGGAAGAAUGACCCUGAUUGUAAAGCUCAAGAAGAGCCAGCAAAGUUCACACCAUUCACCGGUGCCGCUAGACGUUUGGAUGGGAAAACACCACCUGCUGAACCAAUUUCAACUUCAGAUAAUGGAUCUGAUGCUGCUGCUGAGAGAAUGAGAAUGACUACUGACUUGAUAGUUAAGUCUCACAAGAGGCAAGGAAAGCUUGUGUUCGGUUCAGAUGAUACAAUCCAGCCUGCAAAAAUAUCAAAGUCUGUCUCAAAACAGGAUGUCAAGGAGGGAAGUUUAAAGAUUGAAGAACAAAAGUUUCAACCAUUCACAGGGAAGAAGUAUAUAUUAGCAGGCUGAUCACAAUGUUUUUCUUCUCUUGAACUUCAUAUGUAUAUUCAAUGCCCUGUAAACCAGUAAACUAGAGAGAUAAAUAUGGUAAAUUUGUAUCUUACUUUACUGAAGAAUUUUAUUUCCAUCUCCAACUUUUUAUCUUGUCAAGAUUAUACCUUUCCCAAUUUUAUCAUGUAUGCACACACGUUCAAA